CUGCUGGAGAAAGGAAGAGAAGUUUGUCUUCAGUCAGUAAUCUUAAGUUUGAACAACGCCGGAGCCGGUUGCCCCUAGAAGGUGGAAGAUAGUUGGGUGUGAGAUUUGGAGUGGAUCUUGCUUAACUAAAUGCCUUUGGGGAUUUGUGGGGAUAGCAAAGAGUUUUCUUCGAAAGUGCUACUUCAAGCGAAUGGGAGUAUCUUCCUACAUGCUUGGUUAAGGACUUCAGCUCCCCCUCCCAAACCACCUAGAAGACAGGGAGGCUGGGCGGAUGAUUCCAUGAAGAAUUCAAAGUUAGGAAAGAAGGCUUCUGAAGAAAUAGAAGAUCAUCGCCUCAGACAGCAGAGCCUGGAUGGAUCAGAUGACGGGGGAGACAUUCCCGUUAUUCCGGAUCUGGAAGAAGUACAGGAAGAAGACUUUGUUUUGCAAGUGGCAGCCCCGCCCAGCAUCCAGGUAAACCGGGUGAUGACCUACCGUGAUCUGGACAAUGACCUCAUGAAGUACUCUGCCUUCCAGACCUUGGAUGGCGAGAUUGACCUGAAGCUUCUCACCAAAGUCCUUGCACCAGAGCAUGAGGUUCGAGAGGAUGAUGUCAGCUGGGACUGGGACCUCCUGUACACUGAGGUAUCCUCAGAGCUCCUCACUGAGUGGGACCAGCUGCAGACGGAGAAGGAGGACCCUAUAGGCCAGCCCAGGCACACCUGACCCGGAACCUCUGCUUUGGACUUGAGAAAAUGCAUUAAGCACACAACUAAAGAAGCUUGCAAACAGCUUAGAUUUUUUUAUAUGGAAUAUUUUUUAAUACAAAUACUUAUUUUCAGUAGACCACAUUGGAUCAUUCAGUUAUAAUAAAUUGCUUUAUUCUG